CAGAGACUCCUGCAGAUGUGUGUCAGUGUUCCUCCGGCCGGCUCUCAGUCAUGUUAACCUUGGCUGCUCUCUCGCUCCGCCUUCGGGCCUCCAGUUGCCAAGGAAGCUGCCGCUCCAUAGCAACCGUCAUCUCCGGCAACAAGACAUCCAAGUUGGUGAGGGAGCGGCUGAAGAAGGAGGUGGAGAACAUGAGGACUCAGUUUUCGGGGUUCAGGCCGAGUCUGGUGGUUUUACAGGUUGGAGACCGAGACGACUCGAAUCUUUACAUCAGCCACAAGCUGAAGGCUGCAGCCGAGAUCGGCAUCGAUGCAAAACACGUGAGGCUGCCGAGCUCCGCGACGCAGAACGAGGUGCUGCAGAGCAUCAUGGCCGUUAACGACAACCUGUCCGUCCACGGUCUCAUCGUGCAGCUUCCUCUGGACUCCGUCAACGCCAUCGACAACGAGCUCGUCACCAACGCCGUCUCUCCUGAGAAAGACGUGGACGGGCUGAGUUGUAUUAAUGCAGGGAAGUUGUCUCGAGGUGAUCUGAAUGACUGUUUCAUCCCCUGCACACCGAACGGCUGCAUGGAGCUAAUCAGACAGACAGGUGUGUCUGUGGCGGGAAAACACGCCGUCGUGAUUGGUCGAAGCAAAAUCGUCGGAGCUCCGAUGCACGACCUCCUGCUGUGGAGCCACGCGACGGUGACCACCUGCCACUCCAAGACCCCCGACCUGCCCAAACAGGUGGGCAGGGCUGACAUCCUGGUGGUGGGGGCGGGACGAGCAGAGAUGGUGAGAGGAGAAUGGCUGAAAGAAGGAACGGUCGUCAUCGACUGUGGGAUCAACCACGUACCUGACGAGACGAAGGCGAGCGGGAAGCGUGUGGUCGGCGACGUUCACUACGCCUCAGCCAAUGAGAGAGCAGCAUACAUCACACCUGUACCAGGAGGGGUGGGGCCGAUGACGGUGGCCAUGCUGAUGGAGAACACGGUGCGCAGCGCUCAGAGGUUCCUCCUGAAGAAUCAGCAGCGAAGAUGA